AUGCAGGUGUGGCCUCCGAUUGGAAAGAAUAAAUUUGAGACUCUCUUUUACCUUCCUGACCUUACCGAUGUUGAAUCGGCUAAGGAAGUUGACUACCUUCUCCGUAACAAGUGGAUUCCUUGUUGGAGAGAGCAUGGAUUUGUGUACCGUGAGCACGGAAACACACCCGGAUACUAUGAUGGACGGUACUGGACAAUGUGGAAGCUACCGUUGUUCGGAUGCACUGACUCAACUCAAGUGUUGAAGGAAGUGCAAGAGUGCAAGAAGGAAUACCCUAAUGCCUUUAUCAGGAGCAUCGGAUUCGACAACAACCGUCAAGUCCAGUGCAUCAGUUUCAUUGCCUACAAGCCCCCAAGCUUCACCGGUGCUUAA